GCAAGGUCCAGCUCCAUGGACACAGGGAGCGCCCCGGCUGGCUCUCAGGAAGACGUGGAGACUGACAUGCUGGUGAAGAUUGUGAUCCGAGGAGACAGGAACACGGGCAAGACUGCGCUGUGGCACCGGCUGCAGGGCAAGAAGUUCGUGGAGGAGUACAUCCCCACGCAGGAGAUCCAGGUCACCAGCAUCCACUGGAACUACAAAACCACCGACGACAUCGUGAAAGUUGAAGUCUGGGAUGUCGUUGACAAAGGAAAAUGCAAGAAGCGAGGCGACGGCUUGAAGAUGGAGAAUGACCCCCAGGAGGCAGAGUCCGAGAUGGCCCUGGACGCCGAGUUCCUGGAUGUGUACAAGAACUGCAGCGGGGUGGUCAUGAUGUUCGACAUCACCAAGCAGUGGACCUUCAACUACAUCCUCCGGGAGCUUCCCAAAGUGCCGACGCACGUGCCGGUGUGCGUGCUGGGGAACUACCGCGACAUGGGUGAGCACCGGGUCAUCCUGCCCGACGAUGUGCGCGACCUCAUCGACCACCUGGACAGGCCUCCGGGCUCCUCUUACUUCCGCUACGCCGAGUCGUCCAUGAAGAACAGCUUCGGCCUGAAGUACCUGCACAGGUUCUUCAACAUUCCGUUCCUGCAGCUUCAGCGGGAGACGCUGCUGCGGCAGCUGGAGACAAACCAGCUGGACAUCGACGCCACGCUGGAGGAGCUGUCGGUGCAGCAGGAGACGGAGGACCAGAACUACGACAUCUUCCUCGAGAUGAUGGAGGCACGCAGCCGUGGCCACGUGUCCCCGCUGGCCACCAACGGGCAGAGCCCGUCCUCGGGCUCCCAGUCCCCUGUGGUGCCUCCAAGUGCAGUGUCCACGGGGAGCUCCAGUCCCAGCACACCCCAGCCGGCACCACAGCCGCCCGUCCACGCCCCCUCGGCCUGCCCAUCACCCCCAUCCCCCUCGGAGGCCCCACUGCCCCCCGCACACCCCGUGGCCCCUGCCCCACCUCCACGGCGCAGCAUUAUCUCGCGGCUGUUUGGGACCACGCCAGCCGCCGAGGCAGCCCCUCUGCCCCCAGAGCCAGUCCCAGCUGCGGAGGCCCCAGCAAGAGUCCAGAACGUGGAGGAUUUUAUUCCUGAAGAUGGCCUUGACCGCAGCUUCCUGGAGGACACAGGCCCCCUGAAGGACGAGAAGAAAGUGGGAGCCAAGGCCCCACCAGACAGCGACAGUGAUGAGGAGGCCCCAGGCGGAAACCCCAUGGUAGCAGGUUUCCAGGAUGACGUGGACCUUGAAGACCAGCCCCCAGGCAGGCUCCAGCCGCCCAUGGGCUCCCUCCCUAGGGAACACAUUGCUCUGUCCAGUGAGGAGGAAGCAGAGGAGGAGGCGGGGCACCCCAAGGCCACUGUGCUGGCCCCCAAGAAGUGCUCUGAGCCAGAGACCAAACCGUCCUCCACCAAGGCUUCGAGGCCACACAGGGGCACAGCUCCCGGGGCUGCAGAGCCCCGCUGGCCAGGUGGCACCGAAGCCCCCACCGAGGGCACCUCCCAAGGGCGCGAGGAGGGGAAGGACCAGCAGGUGGCAUCGUCAGAGAGUGACCCUGAAGGGCCCAUCGCCGCCCAGAUGCUUUCCUUUGUCAUGGAUGACCCUGACUUUGAGAGCGACUCAGAUGCCCAGCGGAGAGUGGGUGAGUUCCCAGUGCGAGAGGACCUCUCAGAUGUGACGGACGAGGAAGGCAGCCCUGCCCAGCCACCCCUGCCCCUAAAGGCCCCCGUCCCCUCCUUCAGACUGAAGAAUGACUCAGAUCUCUUCGGGUUGGGGCUGGAGGAGACAGGCCCCAAGGAGAGCAGCGAGGAAGGCCGGGCCUGCGUUUGUGGCCCUCCAUGGAAGAAGCUGGCGUGGUCUCCAGGCCUGAUGAGCACAUGUGGCUUGUGUGGCCCUGGCCAGCUCCAUGGCUCCCUGGCCCCACCCCCGCCUCCACCUUGGGCUGCUUGAGCCCAGCAGUGUCACCUGGAGCAUGUACUGGAACUUCCUCGUCCCCGUGAUGGAGAGAAGGGGACCUUUCCAGGCUUGUCCUGGUGCUGAAGUGCCUGCCUGUCUUCAGGAGGGGCCCCGUGG